AUGAAAAACGACGAUAUGGCAUUCUUCUCUUCCCUAUUACCUAUUACAAAAUCAUUCAACAUUCGCCAAAAACUAUUAUUUCGGUCAGAAAUACUUCGCAAAGCUAUGGAAAUUUCAAAUAGCACUGCAGGUUUUCCCUCAGUGUGUGAUCAAAAUUAUUUUUCCACUCGCCCUGUAUCUACCUCACGCCCUGGAUCUUCUACAUCUACCUGUACAUCAUACACGAUCACAUCACCAGGCUCUCAAGAAGAUGUAACGUUAUACACAGUUGAAGAAACUGAAGCUCCAAAUGCAAAUGUAGCCUCUCAAAUGCAGCUGCCUGAGCAGCAGUAUUCAUCGCAAGCAUUGGGUAAUUUUCCGCAAGAACCUAUCGCUUCUCAAAUGCAACUAUCUGAACAGCAGUAUUCAUGA